GGAGAUGAACUUUGCACCACAGGCAGGAGUCUCGAUGCUCGAUGUCUUCACCUUGCGGGACCCGAUGCCGUGCUCUAAAGAGCCCGUGGAAUUGGGUGGAUUUCGAAUGAAAUAUGUGAAUUCGGAACGAGGUUAGACGCGACUGGCCUGAGAAUCGGUGCAGGCUGACGGGUCUUCGAAUGAUGCCAUGGCUGAGGGCUGGGAUGCAGCCGAUGACGACCUCGAAAGGCUUCUUGAUUUUGACGAUCUUGAAGCUUCUAUAGUACCCAAGUCCUGCAAGACUCUGGCUCUGCCUGAAACUGAGGAAGCCAGAUCCAAGAACUCGUCUACACCCCAUCCUUCGUUCUCUCUGGGUGUUCACUCCCACGCUACCAGGAGAGAUACGGUUGAUUCAUCUGCAGUCGCUAAGGGAUUGCGAUCGUUGGCUGUUGCGCCACUUGGGGAGCGCCCAAGCAGUGGAUCCCGGCAAUUGGAUUCACAGGUGGUUGUGGACCAGACGUGUAGACUUGACAAUGAGGUCGCAGGGAGCCGAGCGGAUCCAGUGGAGAUUGGUUCAGUAGGAACUCCAAGGAUCCAGCUGUCUUCGUCGAGGGGAAAGGCUGGUGCAUUAUCAACAUACGAGAACAGGCCCAGAGAACUUCUGACGGUUGAGAAUUCCUCAAUUUUACCAGCCCAUGGUGGAUCUGAUGAUGAGCAGAGAUUUGGGGAAGGAAAUAAUCAUGAAGCCAACGGAGGAGGAUAUCCAAAUACUACUAUCACAAAAUGCAGGCAAGGACGUGGAUCUGCUGAGCCAGUAAUCGAAGAAGAUGUCUAUCCCGAGCGCGUCUGUGAAGGAAACGUCUCACAAGGCGUGGGAAUAAACCCAAGUGGGACCAAUGUUCAGAACGGAAAGAGCAAAGACUAUGCCCAUAGUCAAGGACCUCGGAGGGCUGGGUCAGAAUUUAAAGGGACAGAGGCUCCACUUCCGAGGAGUGCUACCUCCUCUGGAAAAGCUGGUAAAUCGCUGCAAAUCACACAAGAAGUUCCUCGUAAAGAUGUGCCCUCUGUGUCACAAAGGGGUUUUCCAGGAGGACAUUAUGAUCGCUGCGAUGAGGACACAGGACAACAUGAAGCUGAUCCUUCGCAAAGUGAAGAUACAGAUGGGCUUCCGUAUAGGAUUCCCGGUCCAGCUGGGGCACUCCAAAAGAACUUUCGAAAGAGGACCGCCCACGGUUUAUUCAAGACUCGUCGAUUGUCAAAUGACUCAGCUUCACAGUCCGAUACUGCCGAUUUCAUGGAAGGGCCCUGGAUCGCCGCUAUGGAUUUUCUAGACAGUGGAGGUUCAACACCCUUGCAGCAGGUAAUGAUAAGCGCGCUAAAAAGUUCCAGCAAACACCUUGAAUACAUUCCUGAGGUUGUUGCGAUCAUAAAGACCGUCGUGCCUAAUGGCUUCGGAGACGUGUCCGUGGUUCUCAAGGAUCCUACUGGAACAGUCAAUGGAUGUAUCCACAGAAGUGUGUUGACUGAGUCAAAAUAUAGCCACAGAUUUGUUCCGGGUGCUGUUUUGAUCCUCCGCAAGGUAACAGUUUUCAGUCCCAAUCCGUAUGCACAUUACGUCAAUAUCACGAAGCAAAACGUCUAUAAGGUUUUCGGAAGCGAAGUUGGCGUUGUUAGAUCUCAACCAAGAGUCAUCAAGGAGAAGUUUGGAAAUCUUCAAGGUAACAAGGAUGAAGGCCUCGCAAACCGAUCAGAACAGCUGUUAGACACUGCAGUCCACGCUCUACGGGUUGGAGACCCACUAGUACUUGGGACCACCUCUGAACAUCUAAAGCGCCAACAAGAUGGAAACCGGCUUGACACGAAUCGUCUUAAUCAAACUUCCAUUCCGAGGUGCACAGGUGCACGGUCGGACAAGAGCCUUCAAAAUGCAACACCAGCAGGGACUUUGGAAGACUCACAUAAUUUGCACUUGCCAGUGGCAUAUAGAGACGUAAGUCAUACAAAGACAUCGGCGCAGGUUCAAGUCACCGACAUGCUAACAACGCAAGAUUUAGAGGAGGAAGCUACACAGGAGGCUGUGGUAGCUGCAAAAGCGAAGGCAGCUGGAUGGGAUUUAGGGGAGGAUGUAGAACUGCUUCUGAAUGAUGACUUGGAUGGUUUCGUGUUUUAGGAUCGGACGAACUGACUUCAUGUCAUCUAUAAACGUGUAUACGGCAAUUGGCAUAUCCUACAAGGGAUACGACAUAGGUUCUAGAACAUAGGUAGAGUUUUGUGGACAACAGCGUUCGGUGAAACUGUGGAGGUUGAUUCGCUAAACGAGCUUACACACUUUUGCUGUCGUAACGAGUACGUUUUUACACGCACUAAAAAGUGUUCGGCCAAACUGUGGAAAUUGAUUCGCUAAACGAGCUUACAUGCUUUUGCUGUCGUAACCAGUACAUUUUUACACGCACUAAAAUGUCUACGC